CGCUUCACUACUGUAUAGUAUUAAUCACUAUCCUAUAUAUACACAUUUAUAAUCUCACGCUUCACAAUCUUCGCCACCCCCUUUUUUUUCCUCAAAUUUUCAGAUCCAUUCUCUUUGAUCCCAUAAAAAAUGGCCUCUGUUACUGCUUCCAGUGUUAAGUUCUCAUCGGUUUCUUGCUUAAUCAAGCAAAGUCAGGUUUCAAAUCUGAAGAAGGCUUCACUGUCAUUUGCCGGGAAUGGCUUCCAAUCUCGCAGAUUGCCUGUUCUUCGCUUCCGUGUUGCCUGUGCAGCCAAACCAGAGACCGUAAAGAAAGUUGUAGACAUAGUGAGGAAACAGCUGGCUCUUCCUGAAGAUCGUGAUGUCUGUGGAGAGUCAAAAUUUUCUGUACUCGGUGCUGACUCUCUCGACACGGUUGAGAUUGUGAUGGGACUCGAGGAGGAGUUUGGAAUCUGUGUGGAGGAAGAGAGCGCCCAGAGCAUCAGCACUGUUCAAGAAGCAGCUGAUCUCAUUGAGGAGCUCUUGGAAAAGAAAUGAAGAACCAUAUAAUUUCAAUGAAUGUUUGUUGCUGCAAUCCGACGACAAACCCUCACCUUGAGUUCUUGGUGCUGGUAUUUUUGUUUAUGUUUGAAGUAUGUAGCUUGUCUUUGUUGUUUGGAUUCUAGUAUUUAUUUUUGAUUGAAUUUCUCUUUUCUCUUUCUACCUUUUUUGUCUUUGUCAUGUAUCAAGGAAUUGGUGUCCGACUGUAAAUCAUGUAUGGGGUCUAAAAUUUCUGAUGAAACUAUGAAUUGAGUUUCAAAUAAUUAGCCCUAUUGAUGUGUU